CCUAAAUGUGCGAUAUCAGCACGGAAGAUCAAUUGCUAGAAUUUGCACGAAAAGCCGCCGAAUCAGGAGAUCAGACACAGACUUUUGAAUUUAAGAAGCACAUUGGUUUUUUGAUUCGACACUUGAACGUAUUCCCACAGCCGUAUAAUACGUUGGAGACUAGUCGAAACACAAUCUUCCUAUUCGCAAUCUCUUCACUGGAUUUGCUCGGCGAGCUCGACAAUCUCCUGACUCCGGAACGCCGUCAGGCGUAUAUCGAUUGGAUUUACGGACUUCAGUUUACAAACGGUACCCCACCCACGCAAAAUUUCUAGGAGUUGAACGCAUUUUUCUUGUUAAAAAUCUUUUUUUCCCCUUUUUCCCGAUUUUUUUCCCAUUUUUUUUUCACAAAUUUCCAUAAUUUCCCGUUCAAAAAUGUCUUCCCACCACCACGCCGCCCCCGCACUCUAUUGUGAACCCGUUUCCCGUGACUUUGGACAGCAUACUUUUGGCCAACGAGGCUUUGGAGGCCUACUCGAGGACUGGACGACGCCUAGGCCCGAUGGAAAGACCCGAUGGAUUCCACAGUAUAAUUUGCAGAAUUUUUGGAGACGAAAAAUUCCGCCACUCCAGUGUGGGCUCAUUGAGCCGCUAAUUCCGCCGAGGCUGAGAAGUCCCGACGAUUUCAGCCGCCUGCCCGGCCAUUUUUCGUAUCGAACCACCAACGAUUAUGAGCUCUACAAUCGAAAUUUGCUCGCCACGCGAUUUUUUGAAAAUUCGGGCGGCGAAAAUGGAGGAGGGAUUUUGAAGAUUUGGACAGUUAAUGAACGGUCAAAAAGGAAGAUGUUGGAGUGCUUUUCUGUUGAAAUUUCUCCACUCGGACUGCCCAUCACCGCCUCCUCCUCGCUACAGCCGAUAUAUGAGAAAAAGCUAAAAAUGCUCCCACCACUGAAAAACGACACAGCUGCUCCAAAAGCCAAGGAGCCACUUCUCGAGCUCCGCACCUCCUCGUGGAGCUCCCCAUUGCACACUGGGCUUUUUCUACGGAGCCCGACGCUUCUGCAAUUGAUGAAUUUUCGUGAAGAAGAAGCCUCCUCCGAGGAGGAUCCCGUGAUCUACGAAAAACACAUUCCGAUCUUCAAUUUCGCGGUGAAAAGCUUCACGGAAUCGGAGCUCCUCGAGCAAACCCUAGCCGUUGUGGAUUUUGGAGGUCGUGUAUGGAUUUGCGGGGGCGGGGGCGGCUUCAGCUCCAAGCCAAUGAAGCUCCGAGCAAAUGAGCAAGAGAUCUACCAGUUGGCGGCAUUUUGUGAUCAUCCGAAGCUCAUAGCGGUGGCUGGACACUUUCACGUGGAAAUCGUCGAUAUGAGAAGCCCGGCGGCGGCGGCCUCCUCGAGAGCCUGCGCGGAGCUCUGGAGAAGCCCACUUUUUGAGAGCCGAGGCCGUGAAGAGGCGAUGUAUUUGCAGGCUGUUCCGCCGGUUUCUGCACAAAUUCGGCAUGUUUCUAGGCUUCAAGGCACGGCGAACGCCUAUUGUGUGAUGACUGAUCGGACGCUUCACCUCAUUGAUGAUCGAUUUCCGGGCCGGCCUGUUCUCGGCCUGAAACAUGCGUUUUCGAGUGGAACUCAUCGGAUGGUGGUGUCGAAUCCGGUUGGGGAUGAAGCCGCUGGUGGAAAUGUGUACUCAAUCUUCUGUCAAGACCAGCUUCAAGUGCUCAAUUCAUCAAUUUCAAUGACAAAACUCUAUGCUCAUCCGACAGGCGUCUGGUCUUCAGUCGACGCUUUCCAUUCCAUCGGAGAGCCCGAAAAUUUCAAUCAAAUCGUCCGCCGCGGCAAAUACGCGGAACCCGAGGUCCCGAGUGAGCCCACAAGAGCAAUGGAUCUCGUGGAGCUCUCUGACUUGAAAUGCUCAUUGCUAGUCCGACAAACUGAUGAUGGAGCAAUUUGGUGGCAAAAGUUUUCGAAUGAGCCGGUGAGGACUGAAAAAGAGCAAUUUUCGGAGCAGAAAAAGAGCUUGGAACGGAUUAUUGAACGGAGAAGCCGUGAGCCGGAUUCGUGGAAACGAGAGCCCUGGAGACCGGUUUAUUCGGAUGGAAUGUGUGAAGAAGUUAGGGAGAAGCCGGAGGAUUUUAGAAAAAUCGUACCCGUGAGCUGUCCGGACAUUGAUCGUCGUGUAAUUUCCAAAUAUAAUCAAUACGCCACAACCCUCUCACAACAGGCCAAUCGUUUCCGAAUAUCAUCACAUUUAAUUAAACAACCGCUUGAAGUUAUUCCAUUGGACGAUAUCAAUAGUACUCUGUCGAAAAUUACAUUGGACACGUGGCAAGCCACUGAAAAUAUGAUGAAGGAGAAUAGGCAGAAGCAGUAGAAUUAGGCUUUUUGAAUUUUUUUUUUUUGAAAAUUCCCGGAAAAAUGACUGAAAAAACAGGAAUUUUGGUGGAAAAAUUGAGAUUUUUGCGUAGUUUUUAGGAAAAAAGUUUCGAAAAACUGACCA